AUCGACCGCGCCGAGCAGGCAGAGGCUGACAAGAAGCAGGCAGAGGACCGCUGCAAGCAGCUGGAGGAGGAACUGCAGGGCCUGCAGAAGAAGCUGAAGGGCACGGAGGAUGAGGUGGAGAAGUACUCCGAGUCUGUCAAGGAGGCCCAAGAGAAGCUGGAGCAGGCAGAGAAGAAAGCUACAGACGCUGAGGCUGAAGUGGCUUUUCUUAACCCCCGCCGUAUCCAACUAGUGGAGGAGGAGCUGGACCGAGCCCAGGAGCGCCUGGCCACUGCCCUGCAGAAGCUGGAGGAGGCUGAGAAGGCGGCUGAUGAGAGUGAGAGAGGCAUGAAGGUCAUCGAAAACAGGGCCAUGAAGGAUGAGGAGAAGAUGGAGCUCCAGGAAAUGCAGCUGAAGGAGGCAAAGCACAUAGCGGAGGAGGCUGACCGCAAAUACGAGGAGGUCGCCCGCAAGCUGGUUGUCCUUGAGGGAGAGCUGGAGCGCUCAGAGGAGAGGGCAGAGGUGGCGGAGAGCCGAGUGAGACAGUUGGAAGAAGAGCUCCGGACCAUGGACCAGACUCUCAAAUCCCUCAUUGCCUCAGAGGAAGAGUAUUCCACCAAGGAGGACAAGUACGAGGAGGAAAUCAAGCUUCUAGGGGAAAAACUGAAGGAGGCUGAGACCCGGGCGGAGUUUGCGGAGCGGUCUGUAGCGAAGCUGGAGAAAACCAUUGAUGAUCUAGAAGAGAGUCUGGCCAGUGCCAAAGAGGAGAAUGUGGGCAUCCACCAGGUCCUGGACCAGACCUUGUUAGAGCUGAACAACCUCUGAGCUGCCCUGGGGAGCCCCCGUCCCUCUUCCCUACCCCACAUGUGCACCCAACUGGCACACUCAGGACGUCAUCAACUGAACUGCAUCUUGGCCAAAUCCACACACCCAUUGAGAAGAGAUGCUCUGCAACCUUACACUGUGGCUCAGGGGUGUCUUGUCUGUGCACAGCUUGACUGGCUCUGUCCCAUCUUCAUGUCCAGAUAUUAAAGCAGUUUGACAAG